GGCUGGAGAGCGGCCGGGUUCCUGCUGCACUGCCAUGCGCCGCGCGGCCCGGGCCACUCGCCGGACCUCCCGGGCGUCCCCGCACCGAACCGUCGGCCCGUCCUAGCGGGGAUCGCCCGCAUUUCCAGUUCCCGAGCGGGCGGCUGCGCCCCACUCGCCGCCGAGCUGCGCUCACCGCAGGGGCGGGCCCCCGCCUGUGUUCGCGGCGCCAGUAGAAGACUGAUCUUUGAAAAUAUGUAUUUGGGAGAUAGUCACGUUCUGUUGACUACGUUGUGCUGGUGCUGCCAUCGAAAAAUCUGGUUACACUCUGGGGAGGCCUGCUACCACUGCAGGACUGAACCGCCGCAGCCCUGA